AUGCCAAGCAUAUUUGCCUACCAGAGUGCUGAGGUUGACUGGUGCGAGGAGAAUUUUAAGCAUUCGGAGUACAUCGCCGAAUACUACAACACGGUCAGCAAUAUCGCAUUUUUCAUCUUCCCUCCUUUGAUGUUGUGGUUGAAUACUCAGUACAACAGUUACCGGUCUGCGCCUCUUCGAUGCUUUGUUAUCAUAGAGAUGAUUAUAGGUGUCUUCUCCGUGUAUUUCCAUUCAACCCUCAGCUAUGCUGGGCAGAUGCUGGAUGAGCUGUCCAUCAUGUGGGCCUUUGGAACAUGCUAUGCUUUUUGGCUUCCAUCACAUCAUCUCCCAGGUUUCAUCAAGAACAGGGAUCAAUUCAUCUGGAUGGUAGCCAUCGUAACGAUUUUCAUCACCCUGAUGUCCUUUCUGAAGCCGACACUGAAUGCUUAUGUUCUGAAUACUUUCAUAUUCCACUUCUUAUACCUGACGUUCCAGGAAGUGAAAACGAAUCGCAAGCGUUUCCCCUACCUUCACCGGAUGGCUUUGACGAUGACAGGGUGGUGGACAAUUGCCAUCGUCUGCUGGAUUGUGGACAGGUUUCUUUGCGAGUUCUGCCACAAGAUCAACUUCAGAUACUUACACAGCUUGUGGCACAUCUUUAUCCUCAUAGCCGUCCAUCACGCUGUGACCCUCAUCACAUUCUGUGAUGUUUUCUAUGACUUGUCGUGCAGUGAACUGGAGGUGGUCUACUGGCCCAGGAACUUUGGUCCAUUGGCACUGCCGUACGUGGUGUUCCAGAGAUCAAAUAAAUCGUAUUAG